AUGAUUGUUAACUGUAGUCUACUUGGCACUUGUGGCGCCGGUAGUAGGUCGGAAGUUCUGGAAACAACAAUGGCAACAUACACAACAACCUCUCCAACUCAAACUGCAACUAUUUCACAAGAAAAAUCUACUUCAAUUACUUUACAUCAGUUGUAUGACAUCUUUUACACUUGUGAAAAAGAUGUUCGCUUGGCUGUCAUCAGAAUAUGUGAAGUUUUGGACGUAGAGGAGCGUAAUGAGAACAAAGAGACAAUCUCGAAAUUAAUUCACUCUAAUUUUGUAAGAAAGAAGUCUCAGUUCGAAAAUUCGCGAAGACGAAGCAAUCAACAAAGACAAAACGAGUAUGCACAGAUAAUACUUUACAAGAGUGAAUUAAAACAACAUCCAAAACCACCGAAAAGUACAAGUAGAGAUUUCAGCGAAGUUGGCAAUAAACAAAAGAAACGUCGUUUAACUGAUUUGAACGAGGAGUUAGACGAGUUUGCUGCGAACAAUCUUACAGUUAACCAAGUUCUUGGUUACUUGAUCCACCAGCGCAACCAUCAGACAAAUAAAAAACUUAUUCAAUUUGGCAAAGAGUUCUACGAAACUGACGAUCUAAGUCAACCAAAUAUUCAAGUAAAGACAACUCCACCACAAACGAAGUUGAAGGACAUUGUGCAUAAAUAUAAAGAGCGAGCUGAGAACCGAAGAUUAGAAGAAACAACUGGAAUAAAGCAACGUAAAGUAACUGAGAUCUUAGUGAAAAAACGUAACGGUAACUAUAAAUGUCCACGUUGCAGUCGCCAGUUCAAGCCACAAGGUAUAACUGGGCACGUAAAAUCCUGUGCAAAGAAAUGGUGUGUUCAAAAUAAAGUGAAAAUGAAAUAG